AUGGGCAAGCAACGCAAAGGCGGCCUUCCAUACUUGAAGACAUCGUUAAAGUUCAACUGGGAUUCUGGACGAGGAGUUUCGGCCGCUGAGCAGCAGAAGUUGAUUUCUGAUAUUUUCGACGAUCUACAGGAAAAUGGAUGUCGCUGCGAUACUGAGCCUUCCUGUGGCGAUCAGAUGUCUACUUUUAUCAAUGACCAUGCAGGAUUUGGACUUCAAGCUUGUCUCGAUCUUGUCAAGAUCAGUCCUGACUUAUUGCCUGCCAGGAAUCGAAGAGAUGAUCUGGAAUCGACUUAA